AUGAAAUCUAAAAAUAAGUCAAACAUAUGCAUCAUAGCUACCAAGCCUUUAAGAUUGUUUCAAUACAAACAGGAUAUUCUUUUUUAGUUGUGGAAAUAAGGAUAAGAAAACUUAAAAUGAUCAAAUAUUUGAUACUUUGGACAUUGAUCUUGGGAGUGUACGGAGAAAUUUGCGAGUAUUAUGGAGGUGGAACCUACCUGUAUUGUGACGAUGGAAAGUAUUGUUGUGGAGACAACCAGUGUUGCACCCCUUUAGCUGUUUCGGCAAUUAUCGGGAUAGUGAUUGGAUGCAUAAUCUUCAUAUGUUGCGUGGUCGCCUGUAUCUGUUUCUGUGUGCAGGCAAACAGCAGGAAGCCAGGCAGGGUAAUACAGCCACAGCCAGGUGCAAAUGUAACAGUUAUUGGCUCGCCCGGCUCCUACCCACCACAAAAUGGUUACAACCAGUAUCCCCCUCCCACGGCAUACAAUCAGCCCGGUAGCCAAUAUCCACCUCCGCCGGCAUACAACCAGCCCGCAGUAUACAAUGAACCAAGCAGUCAACCACCGGCCUUCGGUCAGGCAGCGCCCGGAUAUAGUCAGGCUGAAUACCCACCACCGUCAGCGUUUAACGCUGUACCGCCAAACAACCAUGAAAAGUAGUAUAUAUGUUUGUUUUGGUUGCAUGUGGUACCUGCUUAUAAAGAUGCUAACAAACGUGUACUUGUAUAUAAUGAAACCGUUUUUUUUUUAAAGCAAAGAACAAACAUUUUAUUUCAUAUUGUGUUACCGCUUAUAUAAACCAAUUAAGAAUACUUAUAACUAUGAAUUGUGUCAGGAAAAUCGCUAGUAUGUACAAAGCUGUUGAACAGUUUUAGUAAUCACAUAUAAAUAUACUGCAUGCAGAAAAUAUAUUUUAAAUAUAGAAAUAGUCUAGUUGUUUGAUUUUGUUCUAAAUAUAGACGUGUAUUUAAUAUUGGGUGCUUUGACUUUUUUAGCCUUGUUGUUUUGUUUUAUUUUAAUAAGGUUAUUAUUGCAUGGUAUUUUUCGAAUUUUGAAGGGUAAUACUAAUUAUGAUAUAAUAUACAGUCAGUUACGUGUAUGUAUUUAUACGUUGAUUGCUUUAAUACUCAUGAUUGUCUUGUGAACUACUGAACAGAUAUUUAGUCACAGAUAGCUUACAGCUGACACGUUUAACACCAAGAGCACAAGGACAACAGCUUCAUUAUCUUGACAUUGUGCAUACAAAACGAAAUUAUCAUCUUAUUGAGUUUAGAAUUCUCUAUUCCGUCAUAUUUGCAUCAGAGUAACAUUUAUUUAAUAUUUUACCAUAGAAUCAAUCUUACAUAAGAAUAAAAGUAUAUUUAUUUUUAUAUUUUUCCCAAUCAUCUAAGAUGUCCUGAUUUGUCAAGGUCACUCACGUACUCGUGCUUAUAUCAUUUAACAAUUCUGUUAGUUGAUUUAGGUAAAUUAGUUUGCAAAUUUGUUUCACUAUAUCUUUGCUGCAGUACCUAAAACAUGUUUCUUAUAUGGAUUAAUUUCCCUGCCUACAAUAAAUGAUACCUUUUGUUUAUAUCAUUGCUUUAAUGAAAAACACAUUUUGUAUUCAUUAUAUUAUUCCUUUCUUUGUAAAAGUGCUUAUUAAAUUGUUUUGAAGUUUAAAAAUAAAUUAUAUAGAAGUUUCAA